GCAGCCGCCCCCUUCCACUCGGUCACGUUGAGCCACGCCCGGGCCUCCACAGCCGCCCCUUGUCUCCCGCCUCCCGACCAUGGAUCCCCGGAAAGUGAGCGAGCUUCGGGCCUUCCUGAAGAUGUGUAAGCAGGAUCCGAGCGUCCUGCACACCGAGGAAAUGCGUUUCCUGAGGGAGUGGGUGGAGAGCAUGGGAGGUAAAGUACCACCUGCUACUCACAAAACUAAAUCAGAAGAAAAUGUCAAGGAAGAAAAAAGAGAUGAUAAGACAGAGGAAAGCAUAAAGACGGAUGAACCAUCAAGUGAGGAGAGUGAUCUAGAAAUUGACAAUGAAGGUGUAAUUGAGCCAGACACUGAUAACCCUCAAGAGAUGGGAGAUGAAAAUGCAGAGAUAACUGAGGAGAUGAUGGAUCAAGCAAAUGAAAAGAAGGGGGCUGCCAUUGAAGCCCUAAAUGAUGGUGAGCUGCAGAAAGCAAUUGACUUGUUCACUGAUGCCAUCAAGCUAAAUCCUCGCUUGGCUAUUCUGUAUGCCAAGAGAGCCAGUGUGUUCGUCAAAUUACAGAAGCCAAAUGCUGCUAUCCGAGACUGUGACAGAGCCAUUGAAAUAAACCCUGAUUCAGCUCAGCCAUACAAGUGGCGAGGGAAAGCACACAGACUCUUGGGUCACUGGGAAGAAGCAGCUCAUGAUCUAGCCCUUGCCUGUAAACUGGACUAUGACGAGGAUGCCAGUGCAAUGCUGAAAGAGGUUCAACCUCGGGCUCAAAAAAUUGCUGAACAUCGGAGAAAAUAUGAGCGAAAGCGUGAAGAGCGAGAGAUAAAAGAAAGAAUAGAAAGGGUGAAGAAGGCUCGAGAAGAGCACGAAAGAGCCCAAAGGGAAGAAGAAGCCAGAAGACAGUCUGGGGCUCAGUAUGGCUCUUUUCCUGGUGGUUUUCCUGGGGGAAUGCCUGGUAAUUUUCCUGGAGGAAUGCCUGGAAUGGGAGGGGGCAUGCCUGGAAUGGGAGGAAUGCCUGGACUCAAUGAAAUCCUCAGUGACCCCGAGGUUCUUGCAGCAAUGCAGGAUCCAGAAGUCAUGGUGGCUUUCCAGGAUGUGGCCCAGAACCCAGCAAAUAUGUCAAAAUAUCAGAACAACCCAAAGGUUAUGAAUCUCAUCAGUAAAUUGUCAGCCAAGUUUGGAGGUCAAGCGUAAUGUCAAACAGAGCCCUUGCUGAAUGAAGAGCAGCUUAGCUCACUUACUGGAUGUUGCAAUAAUACA